GGACCGGCGGGACUCGGUUUCAAGCGGUCGUAGGAAUGGGCUCAAAAUCUUCUUGCUAUUCAUUCUCUCGUUCCCGUCUCCUCGAGGAAUCUUUUCACGCGAUCGAUGUGUUUUUCGUUGUUUAUCUCGUCCAUCGUCUUACAGGAAGCCUGAAUCAAUCUAGUAGAUCAGAAGCCUUGAUUCAUUCUUUUGGCCAUGGAGCGCGCACCAUCUUCUUUAUGCAGGUGUGCGUGGCGACUACGUGUUCAAGCAAGUGCUGGACUUCGCGCGACUCUAGAACGGCGACUAGGAGAAUAAACCCUUCCCGUUGACAGCGCCCGAGAGCGCAAUCACGAGUCAUUAACAACGGCAGACUGCAUUCGGGUACGAUGGCCUUUGUUUAUAUCCCAGUGCAGAAUUCGUCUGAGGAGGUGCGAGUCGCUUUGGACCAACUCCCACGAGAUGCCACAGAUAUUUUAGACAUCCUCAAGGCUGAGCAAGCUCCUCUUAAUUUGUGGCUUACAUUUGCGAGAGAGUAUUUCAAGCAAGGGAAGAUAAAUGAAUUUUUGCUGAUUCUGCGAGAGGGAUCGAGUCCAGAGAUUGAUGAGUACUAUAGUGACGUUAAGUACGACCGAAUUGCAAUCCUAAAUGCCUUGGGAGCUUAUUAUACCAAUUUGGGCAAGGUGGAGCAAAAGCAACGAGAGAAGGAUGAACAUUUCAUUAGUGCAACACAAUUUUAUAAUAGAGCAUCCAGAAUCGACCAGGAUGAACCUACUACUUGGGUUGGAAAAGGGCAGCUGCUGCUGGCUAAAGGUGAUCUGGACCAAUCCUACGAGGUUUUCAAGAUUGUCCUGGAUGGACAACCCGACAAUGUGCCAGCUGUACUUGGGCAGGCUUGUGUUCAGUUCAAUCGCGGUCGAUUUCAAGAAGCACUCAACUUAUACAAGAGGGCCUUGCAAGUUCACCCAAGGUGCCCAGCUUCGGUCAGGCUUGGUUUAGGAUUAUGCCGAUAUCGUCUCGGACAGAUGAAGAAGGCAAGGCAAGCCUUUGAACGUGUCCUGAAGCUCGACCCGGAGAAUGUAGAAGCAUUGGUGGCGUUGGGUGUAAUGAACAUAAACACCAAUGAACCCGAUGGGGUCCGCGAAGGCUUGGAGAGCAUGAAGGCGGCCUACGAAAUUUACCCUUAUUGUGCAAUGGCUUUGAAUCACCUGGCAAACCACUUCUUCUUCACGGGGCAACAUUACAUAGUAGAUCAACUCAUGGAUGCUGCGCUUGCCGCGACGGACCAAUCAAAAAUCAAAGCAGUGUCUUAUUACAACCUCGCCCGAUCGUAUCACACAAAGAGUGACUAUACCAAUGCGGCUGUAUACUACAGAGCAUCAAUCUCAGAGCUCAAAGAUCCACGUGAAUUCAUUCUGCCUUAUUACGGUUUGGGCCAGGUGCACUUAAAACUUGGCGACUUGAGGACUUCUUUGUCCCAUUUUGAGAAAGUUUUGGAAAUUCACCCGGACAACUGUGAAACUGUGAAGGCCAUUGGAAUAAUUUAUUUACAGCAAGGCCGCACGGACAAAGCUUUGGAGAAUUUUAAGAAGGCGACCAAGCAAAAUCCUCGCGAUGUCGAUGCUUGGGUAGAGUUGGGUGAACUUCUCGUUUCCACUGAUUUUGGACAAGCAUUGGAGGCAUUCAAAACCGCACAUGCUCUUCUUACCAAAAGCGAAGAACCUAUUCCGUUUGGUCUGCUCAACAAUAUCGGUGUCCUUCACUUCGAACGAAGCGAGAUGGAGUCUGCACUGCAAGCUUAUAGAGAUGCCUUGGGUGAGGGUAUCUGGGUCGACUUUAGUGAGGGAAGAGCUCUUUCACUUGGUCGUGAAGGUGGGCUACCUAUCAGUAUUACUGCUGAGAAUUCUCAAUUUGAGCAUCUGGAAGAAGAAGGCCUUUCUUUGGAACUUCCAGCCGAGAAAGUCACAGUUCUUUUCAAUCUCGCAAGGCUUCAUGAGCAGCAGCAUGAGACUCAAAAGGCAGUUAUCUUGUAUCAGCUUAUUAUACAUAAGCAUCCUCAGUAUGUGGACGCAUACAUGCGGCUGGCAGCCAUGGCACUCGCGAGAAAUGAUUUGGCAUCAAGUCAGGAGUUGGUCUCCAAAGUGCUGAAGGUGAUGGAAACUCACGCCGAUGCGCUGUCCAUGAGAGGCAGUCUGGAACUUAAAGCGGACGAUUGGUUGAAAGCCAAGGAGACGUACAAGAGCAUACAAAAUACAGACGGCAAAGAUAGCUAUGCUCUAUUAGCCCUGGGCAACUGGAAUUACUAUGCAGCCGUGAGAGGAGAAAGGAAGGAUCCCAAAUUGGAAGCAACUCAUUUGGAAAAAGCUAAAGAGUUGUACAACAAGGUUUUGGUGCAAAAGCCGAAUAACAUGUAUGCUGCAAAUGGAAUCGGGAUUGUGCUGGCUGAGAAAGGAAUUUUUGAUCUUUCCAAAGAGGUCUUCACUCAGGUACAAGAGGCAGCUGCGGGAAACGUUACCGUUGAAAUGCCAGAUGUCUGGAUCAAUCUUGCCCACAUCUAUCUCGCACAAGGGCAAUUCGCCCUGGCGAUAAAGAUGUAUCAAAACUGUCUUAGAAGAUUUUAUUACAACACAGAGAGUCAAGUCCUCCUUUAUCUGGCAAGGACGCAUUAUGAAGCCGAACAGUGGCAAGAUUGCAAACGAGCUCUUCUUCGAGCAAUUCAUCUGGCACCAUCUAACUACACCUUAAGAUUUGACGCUGCAAUUGCAAUGCAAAAAUUUUCCACGGCUACUUUACAAAAGCCGAAGCGCACAGCCGAUGAGGUGCGGCAGUCAGUUGCGGAGCUAAAAAACGCUCUUAGACUGUUUAGCCAGUUAUCUGGGGUUGCCGCAAGUCAUGGUCAUGGCUUCGAUGAGAAGAAAAUUGACAUGCACGUGGAGUACUGCAAACAUCUUCUAGAUGCGGCUAAGGUUCAUCUAGAGGCAGCUGAGCGUGAAGAGCAACAAAAUCGCCAGAAGCAGGAAGUUGCACGUCAGCUGCACCAGGCAGAAGAAGCUCGGCGCAAAGCUGAAGAAGAGCGAAAGCAGCAGAUGGAGAAAAGGUUUCGGGAAGAAGAAGCUAGGAGGCUACAGAGAGAAGAGGAGAAGCUUAGGCAUCUCAUGGCGGGCUGGAACACCAAGAAAGGUGGUGGUGACAAUGAUGACGAUGACAACGGUGGUGAGAAGAAAGAGAAGAAGGAAAAGAAGAAGAGAAAGAAGAAAGAGAAGAAGAGAGAGCAGUCUUCUGAGCCCGAGGAGGAAGGAAACUACAGAAGUCCCACACCUGAAGAAGAAGAUGCGCAAGAUGCUCUUGCUGCUGCGGGUUUGCUAGAAGAGUCGGACGAAGAGGACAUGAGAAGAGAGGAUCCGCCACCGAAGAAAGGAAGGCUGAGACGAGCCCUUUCAGAAUCAGAUGAUGAAGAUGGUUCUCGUAGGAGGAGAGCUGUUGCAGAUGAACAUUUGGCAGACAGUGAGGCCGAGAUGGAAUAUCCGAAAGGACUCGAGGAUUCUGAUACGGAAGAGCAGCGCCCCGUUAGCAGGCGAAGAGGAAAGAAGACGAGGCUGUCUGAGAGUGAUGAAGAUUAGUCAUUGUAGUCAUUCACGAUGUAGCUGUUCAUUUGAUAAGCGAGAUCAUCUACCUUAACGCAUAGUCACCAUUCAAUUUUGUAGAAGUCAUCAGCAACCAUAGUUUAUCUCCUCAAUACCUUCAGUCACGUUCAUUGUAGAGCUGGGAAAUGGUACUUAUAUCAGUAGAUAGCCCGAAACAUUCGGGCAGAAUGUUCACAUCUUCUAAUACGUGCUUCCUCGGGUUGAGCUCCAGAGCAUCCACAACCUCCCUGAUGUACAGAAGUAAACCGAGGAUUUGGACUAUACCAGAGUGGGAAGAAACGAUCUUCUUCACUCGAAUCGAUUCCUGGCGAUUGAGGUUCUAGAUAGAAUCUAUCCCAACUUGUAUGGGACUGAUUUACUCUAUCUCCAAGUAGGUCAUAGUAGAGUGGGAAAGAGCUAUACAGCUUGCAACUGCUAUCGUAUUGUAAUGCCGUAGGUCCGAGCUUAACAGAGCUGCCUGAGUAGUUGCCCACAAAGUCUUGGCAGAUUAUUCAUGAUGUACAUUGCAAGGAUCGAUAUUGUAAAUACGGUACCAGAUUAUAGGUCCUGAAACUUCUGAUCGUCAUCCCAUCUUGUUUUGCUCAAGCCUGAAGAGUGAUUUUUGUUUUUACUUCAGAUCGUGAAUUGACACGAUUGAUGUAAUUGGGACUGGAUUGAGUUGGAAAAUCGUCUUGGUUCAUGAGUGGAAUACGACCUACUUUGGCUCGACCAACUCGUAUAGAGGAUGCUAUUCAACUUCAACAUAUGACCUCUGCACUCGUGACUUUUGCUGGAAAUACUUAUGAAGGUUUCUGAUUGAUUCUUGAUAAUCUGUAACGGUGAGAUCAAACAUUUUCG